UUGUCCCCUUCGGGGUGACAUACGAAAAAAUUGGAACGAUACAGAGAAGAUUAGCAUGGCCCCUGCACAAGGAUGACACGCUUUCCCGGAGUGGUAGACCUACGGGUCUCAAUAUUUAUUUUGUUCUUUUCAACAGUCAUCCUUGUCAUUGUCGGAUGUCCAUCUACUUCCGACAACCCGGCUGUCUCUCUUGCUUCGAGUUGCUUGUGCCGACGUACAGUCCAAUCGUACCAUCCUUGGCCACAGUCCACCGUCCAUCUGAGUUCCUCCAUUCUAUCGAUGCUACUGCCAUUGAGACACGCCGUGACGGUCGGACAGCGCUUCAGGCCCCAAGCUCUGCGUCUCCCUGAACACUCUAGGCAUACUUCUGUUCAUUUACGGCAUUCGUCGUCUAUCCGAGCUCUACAAGAUGCCUUCCGCGAUCCGAAUUCGCCGUAUCACAUCGCUCCUGGCACGACAGGGCCCGCGUCGCCUGAUCCGUCGCCUGAACUGCUAGCAGAGCACCUGCACACGAAGGCGGAGGCGAAGACUGUCUCUCCGGAGGAGGAAGCACGCGCGCAGCUGUCUGAGUUGGGAUAUGACCCGACCAGCUUCUGGGAGCAGAAGGUUGUAUGGGGGGACCAUGAUGCUUUUCAGCAUGUAAACAACGUCCGUUAUGUACGUUUCUUCGAGUCGUCACGCAUCGAGUGGAUGGUCUCCCUCGCACAUGAGAUCGGCGGCCCACAGCGCGCGGCGGACAUGCUCGCCGGGCGGGGCAUCUCGCUCAUCCUCAAGUCCAUCUCCAUCGACUACAAACGACCCGUCGUCUACCCCGACACGCUGCUCGUCGCUCACAAGCCGCACCGCCUAGGCUCGGAUUCGUCAAGACGCUUACCUAGGACACACUUUCACUUGGCGGGUGCCGUGUGGUCGUAUGCGCAGCGGAAGAUAGUGACGGAAUGUGACUCGAUGCUUGUAUGGUAUGAUUAUGACAAGCUGGCGAAGUGUGAUCCAGGCGAAGAGGCAAGGCGCGCGUUGGAGAGGAGGAUGUCCUUGGGUGCUUGACUCGGACUAGACCUGACAUGAUGCGCAGAGUCCCCUGGAUCAUCAUGAUCCGUAUGCUGCUUGCACGUAGAGUCUGAGGACAUGGCUAUAUACUAUCCAAUUCCAAUCGAGAUGAUAUCUACGGUCCUGUAGAAUAGAUAUGUUUGAUGCGGCGGCGCACGUACUACCUAGCCCGCAAAACAGUGU